CGAUCCCUUGGCCCACCAGGUUCCCAAACUCUUACCCCAUAUUUUUGUCUGGGCUAGUUUUAUUGCCUGCUACCUUACUUUAUUCCAACCGCCACUUGGGAGUGGAACCUCCUCCCGUCGGUCUUCCCCUCCUCCCCCCAGCAAACAAAUUCUGGCAGUGACUGGAGCCUUUCAACACCUUGUUCUUUUAUCCUCACACCUGCAGCCUGGUCUUGAGCCUGUGGGGAGAGUGGAAGGUCCCAGGCCUGCCCGGCUCGGGGUGUAGCGGGAAGGUCGCGCCGUGCCUUUCUCCCGGUGCCUUUAGGAGCCGGCAGAGGAGAGCAAGGAUGGCGAGGCCCCAUGGAGAUGGUUUUUCCAUUCAUCUGUUAACAUGUUCGCUAAACAUUUACCAUUUUGGAGUUUAAAGUAUGUCAUCAUGGCAAAGUUUCGAAGAAGGACUUGCAUCAUUUUGUCACUUUUUAUUCUAUUUAUUUUUUCUGUGAUGAUGGGUUUAAAAGUGCUGAGACCAAAUAAAGCUGCUUUUGGAGUUCCUUUUGGACUUGACCUACUUCCAGAAGUUCAUCAACGAUCUCCUCACUUGGGGAAAAAAUUUGAUUCCCAAAUGAGUGACAAAAUCAACAGUGAAACAAAUAUCAAGAAUUUAAAAAGAGUUGAAAUCACUGUGAAACCUAAAGCCUCUGAACCUUACGGGGAAGAACUGCCACCUCUGAAUUAUUAUUUACAUGUAUUUUAUUACAGUUGGUAUGGAAAUCCACAAUUUGAUGGUAAAUACAUACACUGGAACCAUUCAGUUCUGAAGCAUUGGGACCCUAGAGUAAACAAGAAUAAUCCACAAGGGAAACACAGUCCCCCAGAUGACAUUGGCUCCAGCUUUUACCCUGAGUUAGGGACUUACAGCUCUCGGGAUCCAGCCGUCAUUGAGACUCACAUGAAGCAAAUAUACUCGGCUUCAAUAGGUGUACUAGCUCUAUCUUGGUACCCACCCGGGUCACACGAUGAGGAUGGAGUACCUACUGAUGACUUGGUACCAACUAUUUUGGAUAAAGCUCAUAAAUAUAAUCUAAAGGUCACUUUUCACAUCGAACCAUAUAGCAAUCGAGAUGAUCAAAACAUGUAUGAAAAUGUCAAAUACAUUAUAGACAAGUAUGGAAAUCAUCCAGCCUUUUACAGGUACAAGACUAAGACUGGCGAUUCUCUUCCUAUGUUUUACAUUUAUGAUUCCUAUAUUACAAAGCCUGAACAGUGGGCCAAUCUGUUAACCGUCUCAGGGCCUUGGAGCAUUCGCAAUUCUCCAUACGAUGCCUUGUUUAUUGCACUUCUAGUAGAAGACAAACAUAAAUAUGAUAUCCUUCAAAGUGGUUUUAAUGGAAUUUACACAUAUUUUGCCACAAAUGGCUUUACUUAUGGCUCAUCAUAUGAGAACUGGGGCAGGUUAAAAUUAUUUUGUGAUCACUUCCAACUAAUAUUUAUCCCAAGUGUGGGCCCGGGAUACAUAGAUACCAGCAUCCGUCCAUGGAACACCCAGAACACUCGGAACCGAGUCAAUGGGAAGUAUUACGAAACGGCCCUGGGUGCUGCACUCCAAGCCCACCCCAGUGUAAUUUCCAUCACUUCUUUUAAUGAGUGGCAUGAAGGAACUCAGAUUGAAAAAGCUGUUCCCAAAAGAACCAGUAACACAGUGUACCUGGACUACUGGCCUCACAAACCAAGUCAUUAUCUAGAACUAACCCGCAAGUGGUCUGAAAAAUACAGUAAGGAAAGAACAACUUACGCACUAGAAAACCAGCUGCCUGUUUCUUAAUGCACUAACAUUUAAUAAUUGACAUCACCUCAUUUCAAUAAAUGCCUUUGAUUUGGUGUUACGGACAGAAAACUGUCAAAAUCCAUUUUUGCAUUGUUACCAUUAUCUUUUAUGGAAAUGAUUUGUACUUUUUCACAGGUAAUAAUGUUAUCAUUGCCACCCUUCACCAUGUUGCACUGAAAAAAUACCUGAGAGAAACUGUGCAGAAACUUUCCCUGUGCCAUCAUCUGCUAAUGUUCUGACCAACAUUGAAAUCCUGCUUUCAUAGCAAUUUAGUUUUUAUUCACGAUGGGUACAUGCUUGUUACAUAGAUUAGUUAGCACACAGUUCAACCCUAUUUGUAUUCCGGCCCGAAGACAUAGAAUUGUGCAUUUCCUAUAUAUAAUGAAGAAAAACAGACCUGAAAGAUAAUGUACGUGUUUCAUCUCUCAGUUUUUUCAGUGAUUCAAUCAACUUCAUUGUAUUAGGGAUUGGAUUCUGGAUAACUCUUUAAUAAUAAUUCCUAAAAGAAAUAAAAUAAUGUCCUUAAGCCUCACUGUGAACCGUCCUGGGAGAGGAAGGCCUGCUCUCUGCUGCCCAGGAAACCCCCACUGGCAGCAGCCCUCCCUGAGCAGUUACCCGUGGCCCCCGGACGGGCCGGGUCUCCAAUGUGUCUGCUGUACAGCGCCGAAUCCCAGACUUUGGACCCCAAGAAAGUUCUUUUAUAAAAGUUAAUGAUAGUGUCUUAUUUAAGAAACAUAUGGUUGUUUUGAAAUUAUUUUGAUGAUAUAGUGCCCAAAAUGUUACCAUUUUUAGAGUAUGUUGUCAGUCUCUAACUUGUCGUCCUAUUAACCAUGUCUUUCAGUUUAAUCAGAGACCAACUGUUAGAUAAGAAAAAAGUCAAUAUUAUUUUUGGAUUGCCUCCAUUUAAUAUUUUAAGCUGUUUACCAAGUACAUUAUUUACUUAGCUUUUUUAUAGGAACUUAGGGACAUAGAAAUGAAAAUUCCUUUAUGUCUUAAAUUCAUUCCUAAAGUUUUGACAUUUGAUUAACACUUAAUGAUAGAAAUAACAUUCUAUUUAAAAGAUAACACUUUUAGUUAUUAUAUAUAAUAAUAUUCCAAUUUUAAUCAUUGUACUUGUAAGGUUUUAAUUAGGUUAUUUGUGGGUAGUUAUUUGUCAUAUUGUGACAGGUUAAUCACCUGUACGCUAGCUAAGAAUGAAUCUCUUUAAAAACUAGAGCAUAGAAUACAUUAUAUUAUUCAGUUAAUAUUUUUAACUAGAACUAUAGUAAAAAAUCUAAUAUAUAUGUUAUCACAUGAAUAUUGUUUCUUAUUUAUUAAAGAGAAGCAAUAGGGUAAUAGUAAACCAUAAUACACAUAAAUCUUCAGAGUAUUAACACAUUCUGAAACAAAUUGGCCAUGGAAUUUAUUAUAAAAUAGCCUAUCAGAGGAUGAAAUUUAUUUUUAAGCUGUGGUUCUGAAGUAAAAUAACAUGUUUACAACUUAAGAAUUUGCCAUUUCUCAGAGAAUGAUCAGGCCUCAGGAAAUUAGUACAAUAGUAAUAAUCUAUUUUCUAUAGGAAAUUACAAGGAAAAAAAUCACUGUACUGAUUGAUAUUACCAAGCAUCUUCAUAGGAAGAUUCAAACCUGUGGAUUUUUUUCUAAUAUCUAGCUAGCCACUACCAUUAUAUAUUAUCAGAGGCAUAACUCUAAACAUGUCAUACCUAAUAAUAUUUUAUAAUAUGCCAUGUUUUAUUAAAGUUUAGUUAGAGAAAUAUCUACUAUGGAGGAAUUUUUAUCAUUGCUUAUGUUGUAUAUUUGAACCCAGUAUGAUUAGAAAUUAGGGAGAGUAUGUAAGAACACGGUCAGCAAAUCCUCAACACACAUGCACCACCCCUUCCUGUUCUGCCCCUGCUGCAGAAACAGAAACUCCACUACAGCACGGUUUGCCUGUGACCUCCGUGUGGUCCCCAGCACAUCACCCAGCAGCCACUAGCAGAUUUCAAAGUGACAUAAAACAGAUUUUGUCUUCAUUGCAGAAAGUUGUCUUCAAGGGAAAGAUGUUUGGAAUCUGAUCACAUAAUGGUUUAUAAUUUAUAAUUAUAUAAAUAUUAUAUUCCAUUUAUCCUUUAAAAGGGUUAUUAGGAAGAAUUAUCUCCAAUAGUUUUGGUAUUCUUCUUAGGGAGGAAUGCUUUGACAUGCUUCCUCGGGUAUUUAUUAUAGUUGCUUUUACCAUUUGAUUAGAAAUAGUUUGAUCACAAGUAAAUAAGACCAAAGAAUGAUUCCCUAAUUUUAAAACUGUAGGUUUUCAUUCAAUAAAUUAAAAUAACUUAAAAAGAAAGGCAGUAUAAUAUAUGCAAUUCAUGAAUCAUAAGGAAUUAUUUUACGGUGUAAGGAGUCCAGUUGUAUUGACAGUGUAGAGACCACACCUUCCCUUCUUUGCUCCCCUGAAGGGCUAGUACUGUCAAAACUGGUUGUUAGUAAUGUUUACGUCAGCUAUAUGUUCACUUUUCUUUGUUUUAGGAAUGUAUACUAAAAAUGACUGUUUUGUUAUAUGGAGUAGUGAACUUUCACCUAAUAAAAGCAUACAUGAAAUAUAUUGUAUCUUAGGUACGAAAAUCUAUUCCUUUCUACUUAUGAAGUGUUUUGUUUCAUUUCUUGUCAACAGGUGAAAAGUAGUAUUCAGCCACACUCUGUGUAGUUUCUCUGUUCGAGAUAGGCAGCACUUACAGAGUAGGUAUCUUCAGUGCACAUACUGUUUAAACAUGUGAAUCUGAGUUACACACACACACAAGCCUUUCCUUUUUUAAGUCCUGAGGCGUCGUGCUAUUUUAUCCUUCAGGCAUAAUCCUGUAUGAGCUGUGACAUCCUCUAGGAAAUCGAUCAUUCUCCAAAACAGCAAAAGUAACAAGCCACCUGAAAAACUUCCUAAGUUCAUAACGCUGUGCUUUUUUGAAGUACUCAGUUACUCAACUGAAAUCCUGUGACUGCCCUUAAACGCUAUAGUGCUGGCGGAAACAGUGCUCGAAACCCUGUGUCUCAGCUUGGAAUUAAGGUCAGCACUCUCACGGCCUGCAGGACAGAACGAUAUACUCUGUUUACGACUAGCAGAUUUCAGUGAUCUUUAUAAAUGUUUACAACUUCAAAAUAAAAAAUUGAUGUAGCCAUAAGCAAAAGAGUUUUUUGGCUCAUAUUUCUGUUUUUAAAGAUGUACUUCAAAUUAAAUUUUAUACUGACUUUGUUACAUAACCACAUAAAAGCUAAAUAUUAUUGUAUGCUUAAUAUAAGGUUAUUAAAUUUGAAAAUUCUGGGACUACUUUCGCUUAAUUACUGAGACUAAUUUAUUCUUAAAUUAAAAAAAGUUGUGCCAUUCUAUUGCAGCUAUCAGUGAAGGGAGGAGCAAUUCUCAAUAUGAUUAGCUUCUGUUAUUAUACAAUUACUAUUUAAAUUAUGGCAUCAAAAGAUAAAAUAAUUGAGACUUAAUAAGCAGUUAGUCAGUCAUAGAUCUAAAAACUUACUAAACUCAAAACAUAUGGCACUUUUUCUCCUGAAUGUUGUAGACUUCAUUUAAAAGCCUCAUAUAUUGAACUUCAAGUUUCUCAAUUUACAUACAAAAUUAACAAUAAAUGUAAACAUAAAGAUAAAAAGCAUUUUAGAAGAUACUAUAUUGAAGUAACUAUUUCAUGGCACAAAGCAAUGAUGUACCAUGUAAGAUAAUUCUACAUAUAAUCCAACCUGUGGUAUAUGAUUAUAUCAUCAUGCUAUUGUGGUUUUGUUUUUAACUUUUUGAAAGAAUAGGACAGAAAUCUGAUCAAAGGUUAUUUUUAACAUCUCAAAGUGAUAAACUUCAGCUACUCAUAACAUUUAAGUAAACACAUUAAUUAUAAUUGUCUAUGCAUAAAUGUAUUUUUGAGUCAGUUCUAUGAAAGCCAUUACCAAACCACUAUAUUAUUAUGUUAACUUGAUAACUGUAUCUAAUGUAAUGUGGUUUUGACCAUGAUCUUGAAAAUAUCAAAUGUAAAAUAAAAAAAUAGAAGAUAUUCAAUUGUAAAGCAUGUAAUAAACCUUAGAAUUUAUGUUUGGACACAGCCACCUAGGAGUAGCUUGCCACCCUGCCUUGUUUUCACAUGCUAAAUAAAUACUCAUUGAAAACUGC